CAUCAGACAUACGCUCGAACACUUGUCCCGAGAGUUCUCGCUCCAAAUGCCGUGAGAGCCUGGCUUUCGCCUCGGUUCGCCUACUCGCAGCAACUCGCUCGUACAGUACCCAGUAGGGGCCAUUCGAACAGCACCAUGUCUAAGAUCAAUCCGAACACAUCCAGUGGAUCGUGCUGGGCCAACGUAAACGUUGCUCUGGAAGACGAAUAUAUCCCUUGCGGAAACGCAGCCACGGGGAACAGCUACGCAUGUUGUCACUAUGGUGACAAUUGUCUAUCGAGCAAUGCCUGUUAUCACGCUAAAUUCGGCAUCACAUAUUUAGCAGGUUGCACUAGCCAAGACUUCAGUGGCCCAGCUUGCCAGAACAAAGGGCAGUUUUACAAUCAGUCAUGGGUAGGCCUGACCCGCUGUGACCCCGAUCAAAACUCAUGGGCAGGAUGUCCAGAGGAUGAAGGCGUAGUUGGAUCGGCUCCGCCCACUGCGAACUGUAAAUGCAAGAAGGACACUGUACUUUUUGAGGAUAUGCCUAUGCUUGAAAAUAUUGCAAGUCUGCCCCAAAAAUUAGGUGGCUCUAUAUCUUGGUUCCCCGGACAUGAACCGACAAGCAGUGCUUCUACGCAGACAACGCUGCCCACGUUAACUCAAUCGACGAGUGGUGGAAGCGCAACCGAGUCCAGCUUGUCAGCAUCUACAACAUCGCCGAUCUCGCCGACAUUAUCAACAACUGCGGAAGUAGCAACAGCAACGGCGCCCCCGCCCUCUGGCGGGCUAUCUCCAGGCGAGAAAGCAGGUAUCGGAAUCGGUAGUGUUCUUGGAGCGGCCGUCAUUGCUAGCCUCAUAUUUGCGGCCAUCCUGCUCUAUAGGCGCAGAGCAAAAAAGGAAACCCCAAACUUUCAGCCUUUCUUACCAACAGUCGAGCCCGACCCUAUCCAACCAGACCCUCCCGCGCCGAGCUUCUUAGCUCUUGGUGGCUUCAAAGCAGAAUUACCAGCCGAAGGACCCCCAAGCGCCAACAGCAUCGCACCAUCCACAAUUCCUAACUCUCCUAGCCCAAUGCAAUCACCGAUUCAGUCGUCAGCUCACUCAAUCACCGCAUACCAGCCGUACCAUCCAGGAGUUUAUGCAAACAGCCGACAUUCUAAUGUCUCACAAAUAUCAAGUCCAGCUCAGGGAUACCCGGAGAGCCUUAUGAGCACACCUACCCCCCAGCCGUCAGACGACACACGAGCCGGUGGAGGACGCGGCAAUCCUAGAUUCGGUCAACCUGAUACUAUCCACGAGUUACAAGGAUGAGAAGAUAAACGGCAUAAGUUGCGAGGGUGCGGUGGUAAUUGCUGAUAUUGAACGCUGUGGAGAUUUCAUUCAUGAAGAUGAUCCCAGAUAAAGGUGAACAAGGUGCAAUAUGGAACCAGCAUAUCAGCGUUUUACGAUAUAUGUUUCUUCGUACCAGGGAAGACGUUAAAACCACAAUACUCG